CAAUCUGUUGCAAGUGCAUGUCCUUGGCAAAUGAUGAUGCACUGACGGAUUCUUGUUUACACAAAAAGUAAUGAUUACACAGAGGGAUUUUCACCCCAAAUGACAGAAUCUGCCCGUGAACAUUACUGAAUCAGACACACAGAGGAGUGGCAGAUACCCAUUUUACUGGAAAACAUCAGGUCUUCCAACUGGUACAGCCAUGCUAACCAUCCAAUUCACAAACAUCACCUCCAUCUCUGAGCAGCAUCUCAGUGCCACGCCACUGCUGAGAGAGCUUCACCUAUUUGAAAACCAACUGGAGAGCCUUUCCCCUCAUCUUCUCAGGAGCGUUCCUCAGCUUCACACUUUGGAUUUAACAGGAAACAAACUGAGCAAGCUUCCUGCGGAUGUCUUCAGCCACGCCCCACUCCGGAGCUUGGUGUUGAAGAACAACUUCCUUAAAACGGCCGAUGCAGAGUGGCUCUCUCGUAAUAGCAACCUGACCUGGUUGGAUCUAUCUGGAAACCAUCUGACAAAGAUCCCUUCUGUUCUGCUUCAGAAGUUGCCCAACUUGGAAAAUCUUGACUUGUCUAACAAUCGUGUAGAGAAGGUCCUAGCCGAUUCUCUCGACCAUCUGACCAAACUUGAGAGGCUAGAUCUGCAGGGCAACAAAUUAGAAACUUUGGCUGCGUCUGCAUUCCAGAGCAUGCAUAACCUCACUUAUCUGUUCCUCAAUCGUAAUAAGCUCAGCAAACUCCCCCCAAACCUCUUCCAUGAUCUCUCACAGCUCAAACACCUGAAUCUGGAUGACAACCAGCUGAGCUCCAUCCCCACUGGACUGCUGGACCCACUGAAUUCCCUGGAGGACGACGGGCUGGACCUGACUGCCAACCCCCUACAGUGUGAUGGAAAAGUGGGGUACCUCUGGAGAAGGGUAAAAACACAUAAAGGAUUUUGUUCGGCCUUUCGGUGCUGUGUCAUUAAGAUGAAAUUCCUGCUGGUUCUCACCCUCAUGUCUCUGGCUGAAUUCGAUUACCAGAGACGGGCAGCACACUCGUGUCCAGAUCUGUGCUCCUGCUCUUUCCUGUCGUCUGGUGCUGAUGUUGUGUGCAGCCUCGGUUCCCUCAAACACUUCCCUGUGACUAAUUUACCCUCCAACACUUCAAAGUUGUCUAUCCAAUCCUCAAACGUCAGCAGCAUUACAGAGAAUAAUUUAAAGGUUGUUCCCCUCCUAAACUACCUUCAGUUAUAUCAUACCAAACUUUCAAACCUUCCCUCACAGCUUCUGAGUGCCGUGCCCCAUUUGAACACGUUGGAUCUCACAGGAAAUCAACUGGCCGACCUACCGGCGAACAUCUUCAGCCACUCCUCACUCCGUAGUCUGGUGAUGAAGGGUAAUCAGUUUGAGAGGGCAGAGCCGUCGUGGUUCCCCGUCAACAGCAGCCUCACCUGGCUGGACCUGUCGGGGAACCAUCUAAGCUGCAUCCCUGCGGCUCUGCUCCAGAGGUUGCCACGUUUGCAGAAUCUGGAUCUGAGCGACAACAAUCUCCAAGCGAUACAAGUUAACUCACUGAAGAAUCUGCACCACCUGGAGACGCUGAACCUCGCGGGGAACAAGCUGGUCUCCCUGGCUCCCGCAACUUUUGCCCACAACCGUGAACUGAAGCAGCUGUUCCUGCAGGAGAAUCAGCUGAAAGAGUUGCCGGCGAACCUCCUGCGGGGCCUGACACACCUCGACCUUCUGCUGCUCAAUCAGAACCUGCUUCCUCACCUCCCCUCAGGUCUGCUGGAUGGGAGAAAACCCUCUUUCCAGGCCAUCUUAACGGGGAAUCCGUGGAAGUGCGAUUUUCAGAUAGAGUAUCUGUGGAGAUGGCUGACAGUACAUCCUCAAAAUGUUCUCUUCCUAGAGGAUGUGACUUGUUUCAGUCCUGAGACUGUGAAACAUCAGCCUGUUGUGUCUGUAACAGAGAGACAGCUGGGUGUUAAAUCGCACAAGGAUAUGAACAUGGAAAAGUAAGUUUAUUUCGAGGUUGCUCCCUACAUUCUUAUGACAACUAAAAAAAAUGAACAAACACACCUCUGUCCUUGUGUCUUAUUUGGAUGCUGUUCAGCUCAAUGGG